AGAUUACUCCGAUAAUUUAAAAUGAAUGUUUUGUUUCCCAACACUGGUCUGCCAACCUUUAUUUAAAAAUAAGCUCUAAGCCUUUCACACAUUGUGAAUCCUGAGGGAUGCUUGUGUGCAUUUCCUGCGGGAUAACGGCAUCACAGCUUAAUGGUGUGGAACGGCGCACACCGGAGUGUACACUUUAGAGUCAGGAGGGAAGGAGAGAGGAAACACAGACAUGAGGGUAGAGAAGCUUUAUAUAGUCUCAUUACUGCUUAUCCUUCAGAGUAGUAGAGCAUCCACUGGCUGUCUCAGGUGAGUCUGACACUUCAGAUGACCUUUAACCUAUUAUAAUGUGCUUCUGUGAGUUUACUGGAUUGGCCUCUGCCUUUACAUGCUACUAACUAUAUGCUACAUUUCUACUUGAUACCAACUACUCAGGCUGUGCUAUGGUGAUGUAGAAUUUCAUUAGUGAAAUAUAUGGUAACAUGGAUAUCAUGUAGUCUUCAUAGCUUUCUCAUAGCUGUAUUUACGUUUUUUCCAGAAAUCAGAUCAACAGAACUUUUACCUUUUCUAUAUUUGAAAAUAACUUCCAUUCAUGAUGUUCUUUAUUCUGAUCACAGAUAAAGAAUGUAAUGAUGAUGCAUUUCCUGUCCGGGAAGACUGUGAAGUUGACACAGUGUGUGGAGAAGCUGUAUGUCAUCACAACCAGUAUGUCACCUGCCAUGUCAACCGCUGUGGCACCUGUGAACCUGUGUUCCGAGGCUAUGACAACAUCACUGUCAACUGCACCCAGUUGACUCCCAAGUGUCGUCUAAUACACCUGGAGAUGUUGAGCAAGCACAGGACAGGAACCAUGUUAACUGAGGGGAGUUUAGGGACAAAGUACCAUCCAAACUGUGAUGGAGCUGGUAUGUUCAGACCUAAACAGUGCAGAGAGGAGGAGGACACCAAACUAUGCUGGUGUGUUAACAAGGCUGGAGUCCCAGUCUCUGACAAGACACAUGACCCCCUCAAAUGUGACAGGCUGGUCACAGUCCAUGUAAUUGAUAUUCAAUUCACAUUUAAAGUGGCGUUCACACCUGUUGCAAAAACCAUCGAUGAGAUACGAAGGCAGUUGGUAUUAAAGCUGGACAGGGAAUAUACGCUGGAUAAAACACAGAUCUUAGACAUAACUGUGCGGGAACUAUACCAAGUAGUGUCCAUCCGCCUGACUGACAACAGGACAGACAAAGAGCCAGUGGACAUAGCAACUGUGGCCUACUACAUUGAGAGAGAUGUGAGACAUUUUUUGAAAAGCAACAAGUUUGGGUUUGAGGUGGACGGCCGGAGACUAGAGGUGGCGAGGGACUCCGUCAAGGUCCUAUUCUUUCACUAUGACCACCCACACAUGGACAUGAUGACCAUCAAUCCAGGCUUUGCUGCCCUCAUCCUCAUCAUUGCUCUGGCCAUUAUCAUUGGUGUUUCUGUGUCUGUGAGUAAGAGCAAAACUAAUUGUACAAUACCACUGCCAUCCUCACAUCACAACUUCUCUCUCUCUUUGUCCAUCACUAUUGUCAGGUGGUGGUACAAAGGAAAGCUCUGCUGGAGAGGAGAUUCCAGUUUGAAGUCAUUGAGGUAUAGUCUGAUACAGCAAAUCGCUGCAUUAAUCUGAACUCUUAAUGUAUUGUCCUGGGUUUUACUCUCCCUUUUUAAAUGCAGGUUCAAGGGCAGGACAACCACCUGGAACAGCAAGAAGCUACCAUGACCUACUUUGUUAUGUGACAUACUUUAAUAUCUUUGUUGGUUAUAGUAGAUUUGUUUGUUUUUUAGUUGUCACUCAGUUCAUUUAUAUGCAAAGUUGUUGUCCAAUUAUCUCUUUCCCUGACUGAAACAAUAGUCAGCUGCACAUUAUGGAAAUAUUGUAAUUGGUUGAUUUCUUAACAUGGAUUCUAACCUGUUGCUUUAAUUAAAUAUUAAACAAGAAUUGACCAUGGUUGGAAAGAAAAAAAUCAAUAUGUACUUUAUUUGAAAUAAAAAUCUGAAUUGU